AAUAUCGAAAUAGUUAGUAACGCAUAUACCUGCGGAAGCUGGUAGCAUUCAAGCCAUAAUACGUUUCCUAAUCGGUUACGAGUCCUCGAACAUGAUUUGUCCAUAAUUAACUUUUUAGUCUGUUGCGAUCAUUCCCCAGCCUGGUUAAGAUCGGUGAAACCACUUUUUGAAGGAUUAACUAGUUAAAUUGGGAUUCCAAGCAACUUAUCGAAAAUAUGAAGUUUUGUUUCGGCGCCAUUUUGCUAGCACUCGCAGGUAUUGCUUGCGGCCAAGACUGUAAUUUUGAUGCCAAUCGUACAUCGAAUCAAAGAUGUGGAUGGUCAAAUGACUACGAGGACGACUUCGACUGGUCGGUCAGACGAUUACCAUCCCCUACCCCGUUUACAGGACCGUCAGGAGACCAUACUACAGGAAGUGGUAACUUCAUCUACACCGAAGCGAACGGGAGGGAUCCAGGUGAAAGAGCGAGGAUCUACAGUCCUUUCCCGUCCCCAGCUAAUGAGGCAGGCACAGAUAUGACGUUGAUCUCCUUUUGGUACAGCAUGUGGGACGCCUUUGAUGGAGGUUCUCCAAUUCCCGGGACCAAUAUGGGAACUCUCAAUGUCUACAUCGUCUAUAAUGACGAGAAGGUUGAGCUAGACCCACCGAUCUGGUCGCGGUCAGGAUCCCAGACCGACAGAUCAGAACAGUGGAAGGAAGCUAGGAUUCUCUUUACGGCCUCUCAUCCAUUUCGGAUCAUAUUUGAGGGUGUCAUCGGUGAAGGAGAGAGAUCGGACAUUGGCAUUGACGAUAUAGUCAUCACACAACCGAAGAUGCCCACCUCAUGUGACUUUGAGGGCAGUGAGAUGGGUGAUCUGUGCUUCUUUUACCAAGAGGACCUGGAAGAUGACUUCGACUGGACCAGACACUCUGGUGAAACGCCCUCUCUCGACACUGGACCGCGCAGUGAUCACACCUUCCAGAAUAAUUCAGGGCAUUACAUGUACAUCGAAACCACGCGCCCAAAUGGACCAUCUGAAGCCAACCUAACAUCUGUCCAGUUCUUCAAGCAAAAGUCCUUUCCAAGUAAUGAAUCUACUAUGUGUUACAUCGACUUCUAUUACCAUGCUUUUGGUGAACAUGUCGGCGAGCUGCAAUUAUAUAUUAAAAUGAUGAUAUCUACGAAUGGGUGGAGGGGAUUUCCUAUUCCCAUUGUAUCACCUGGACAGAGCAAUGAUACAUGGGUCCACGUAAACUUUCAUCUGCCUAUAAACGACAAAGCAUAUUACACGCUUGAAUUCAUUGGAUCACGGGGCGAUGGAAACCUAGGGGAUAUUGCUAUUGAUGACAUAUCACUUAGUGACGGAUGCUUUGCCUCAGAUCCGUGUGGAAGCAAUCCUUGUCUUAAUGGAGGAGCUUGUACAACCCUCGAAUCUGCAGGUACUAAUUAUUACUGCCGUUGUCUAAUAGGAUGGGAAGGAGAGCUUUGCGAAACAGAAAUUUACUACUGUGAAAACAACCCCUGUGGAGAGGGUUACAUUUGCCAUGAGGAGGGUUACGGAUACAUUUGCCUGUGUCCAGAAGGCUACACGGGUUAUUAUUGCGAUGAAAAAAUUGAACCCCCUGAGCCAAUCGACAUCCGAAUCGAUGGCGUCGAUCCCGAGAUGAUCCCGGUCAUCAUCGGCUCUUGCAUCGGGUCGUUCAUUCUGAUUGUCACGGCAGCUUGGUUCACGGCCACCUGCAUCAAGAACGACGGUUACAGGCGGAAGGAGGAAGUCAUCGAAGGUAUGAAGAACGUCGAUGCAGAGGAAGGCGAGUCCAACGCAUAUGUCAACACCACAUACAACCCGGAAGAUCCCGAUGACGAAGGCCAGAAUGUCCCCGGUCCGUCGGCUUUGGACAAGGAGAAAGGUGUCGAGGUAGAAAAGGAGGUUCUCGACGGAUCGGAUGUGAAAGAGAAGACGACUAGUGACGAUUUGGGUGAGCCUAGCGAGGUAAAAGCUGUCAAAGCACAUGACUACGAAGACGUGAAACCCAAGCCAAGUAGUUCUGAAAACAAAACCGAAGAUCAGGAGAAGAGGGGAGACGUGGUCGAGGACGUGAAAGAAGUCAUGAAAACAGACAAUGAUCAUGAGAAUGUCAAGGAGGUGGAAUCUAAACCGGAAGCCCCUAUGUACGAAGACGUCCGUGAAGUCGAGAAGGUGACGCCUACAGAUUUGUCUACAAAAUAUGAUGAAGAUUCCCCACCACAAACGUCAGAGGAAAACAAGGAAGGGGUGGUCUAUACAACAUCACUUUGAAAGCCCGAUUUGUAUCGUCCAUUCUCCAUAUAGGCUAUGGUACUUUGAUACUUGACCCAAAAAAAAGACAAAGCAAAUUAAAAGAUAAUGUUACAAAGCCCCCCCCCCCCUCCCCCCCCCCCCCCCAUUAAGAAAUAAGGAUUUAAAAAAUAGAAAAGGGAAGAUUUAAGAAUGAUGAAGCUAUAACAAAGAGAAGGCUUAGUCAUGAAAGUCUUUUUUACAUCUGUCACUUCGAUUGAGGAAAAAAUUACGUCACUUUGUAUGUCGCCUUGCCCCCACCCCCCAAAAUAAAUUGGCACCGCCCCUAAUGAUAAGUUUUUUACAUCGAAUUUGUCAAGCAACGCGAGGCAUUGAGCAUGCCCAAUAUUGAUUAACGUUGCCUGACAUAUCAAAUAUUCUUGACAACGAUGCGGAUCCCCCCAUACCGUCAUUCGCCAGGAUGGACAAACAGUGUGUGCUUGUUUUGUUUAUUGCGGUGAUUCACUUCCAUCGAUAUAAAAAAAAAAUGGAUAGAGCAACAACGCGGUCUUUUGAGGCCACUGGAAACACUUAAAAGUUCUCCAAAAGGUCAAGCGCGCACAAAGUUCCACACUUUUCCUCUUGCGCGUGUGUGUGUGUGCGUGCUGUUUCUCACACGUCGGUAUGUCACCAUAUACUGUUGACUGUGUCACGGGAUAGAUUUUCUGUAGCUUUAAGGUCGUGUGUGAGGCAAUAUUGGACGUGAUCUAUCCAGUUUUUAUAUCAUUGUUCACUUGUCCCAAUUUGUAUGCCGUGAACACAAAGCAGUCCUGAUGACGUACUUCUGUCGCAGUUCACUAGUGAACGCCUGAAUCAAAAAGUCCAGGGAAUAUUUUGAAGACCAGUGUAUUGCCCUUGUGUUUUGUUGGUCGCAGUAUUAAAUUUCGUUUUCAUUGUUCAAUAACGCCCUCACCUACUCCCAAAUAGUCUCAAAUUAACUUAUGGAUAUGGAUUUUGCUCGCCAGGACUCAUUGAGGUAUUUUCACGUGCCCUAACCUAUAACCCAUUUUACUAGGAUAUAGAGAACGGGGAAUACUGCUUUCCCAAAAUUCUCAGAAAAAUACUUAAUUCAUCAGUAGGCAUUUAUAGGCCUGCUUGUCAAAUCAGGCUAGGUUGUCUCGAGGACUAACGCCAAAAGGAGACAGACUGAAAUACUUUGUGAUACGAUUUAUUUUCUUUUUCAAUUUUAAUAAAAAAUCUAAAGCAUUUUUCUAUCAAUAAAUGUAAUGCUAGGCAUUGAUACAAGACUACUCAUUUA